GGGCGGGAGGGCCCGGGCUGUGCCGCGGAGGGGCCCCCGGCUCCCCUGCCCUUCCUCCCGCAGGAGCUGACGAGCGAGGGGACGGGGCGGGCGCCGCCCCGGGCUGCCGGCGCUGGGGGGGCUGGAGAGCGCCCAAGAUGGCGGCGGAGUCUUCACUGCUUUGGCACUCACGAAGCAGCUCCAGCUCUAAGCCAGGAGGGAGAGCUCAACCUGCUAAGCAGCCACUGAAGAAACCAAAGUUGCCAGUGGGGAGGUUUGAUGAGCCAGAAGAGUCCAGUAUGGAGAAGGAACCUCUGGAAAAAUUCCCUGAUGGAAUCAAUCCUACUACAAAAGAGAGGGGUGGACCCAGAGGCCCUGAACCUACACGUUUUGGAGACUGGGAAAGAAAAGGACGUUGUAUAGAUUUCUAAUACUGAAAUGUCUGUAUUGCUAAUAAAAUAUUUCUAGUUGCUAAAAUAUAUAAUGUACAGAAAAAAUCUCACCUGGAUUUGUCAUGGAGCUUAUUGUUUCUGUUGUGCCACCACAUUCUGUCAUGUGAUGAAUUUUUUUACUAAUGCAAUGUAAUUAAACACAGUGCUGUAGCUCA